UCGAAAUUGUUGGCAAUGUCUCCAUUUUGCCCUACUUUAGGAUGGGAUUAUCCUCUAGAAUUGGAAACAAAUCAUGUAUUUGAUAAUUUUGCAUUAUAUUCGUCUUUUUUUCCUGAUUUUUUAUCAUGUCAAUUAGCUCAAGAUUUUCAAGAUAAUAAUCAAGAGUCUAAUCAUGAUGCUAAACGAAGCGAAUCGCCAAAAGGUACAAGUUCAAUUGAUCAUUCGGAUCAUAGUCCAAUAUUAGCAAAGAAGCUUGAUCAUAAUGCAAGUGAAAGAGAUAGAAGAAAGAAGAUUAAUAGCAUGUAUGCUUCUUUGCGAAAUUUGCUCCCUUCAAUUGAUCAAAGGAAAAAAUUAAGCAUUCCAGCUACAGUUACACGUGUGCUCGAGUAUAUACCAGAGUUACAAAAGGAAGUAGAAAAUCUAAAUCAUAAAAAGGAAGUAAUGUUAAAAAAAAUAUCAGCACAAGGAAAAUCUAGUGAAUGCAUGACAACGAAGGAAACGGCGUCGUAUUCAGUUACUAUAAAUAAAGUUGAUGAGAAAGAAAUGGUGAUCCAAAUAUCAGCAUUAGAAAGAAUAUCAAUAUCUGAAGUUCUUCUAUUGCUAGAAAAGAAUGGUCAUUUGAUCUUUGACGUUUCUUGCUUUCUAUCCUUUGGAGGAAGGACUUUCUACAAUGUACAUUUGUGGAUGAAUGGGAGCCAUAACGUAAAUUGUGAAAAGCUGAAUGAAGUGCUGCUGUCCAUUCUCCAAAAACAGGAUCAGAUGCAAAUUUAUUCAUAG